AUGCCAAUUCUCAUAAUGUGGUGGAGCCAUGGCUGGUACGAGUUUUACAGGGUGAAGCCGGGUGAAGUGAUCUUCGAACGAACCGAUGUCACCCAAACCAUCGUCGGCUUCGGAUCGAUAUGCCAGCCUCGACGCCGAAAGAGUCGUCCAUUUCUAAGACACUCGUCGCCAUACCGUCUGACUCAGAAAGGGUUGGUCGCUAGAGUAAGGCGACGAAGGCUGUUAUUGGGGCAUUGA